AUACAGCACCACAUAUAGCACGGGCAAAGUCAACUGAGUCUCAAACAACCCUGCAGCAGACAGCUGAAGAAUGAAGGUGCUGGUAUUUGCUCUUGUUCUGGUGCUUGCGGUGUCCAGUGGUUGGGCUCUGGACUGCUUCCACUGCGUACCUGCGAAAGCAGGUGGAGCAUGUGAGGUCACCAAGGUAACCUGUCCUGCAGAAAAAGAUGCCUGCGCUGCAGCCAAGUUCCUCAGAGCACCAUAUGGACACUAUCAGAAGUGCUUGGCCAUGUCAGACUGUGAAAUGCUGAAGCAGAACGCCUACAUUCGCAUCAAAUGCUGCCAGGAAGAUGCCUGUAACACUUUCUGAUCAGGCUGACCUUUGACCUCAUCUACUGCCCGUGUCCUCUGAUGUGUUUGUGGAUGGCAGUUACUUUUCGGUGCAUGAGAACAGAAAACUCAGUGUCAUGUGCAGAAAAUAAAGAUAUGAAACAA